AUGGCACUCUCCGUGACAGAACUCAUUAUCUUCUCCCUCCUGCAAACUGCCCUGUCCCUGAACCCCGAGGACCCCAACGUGUGCAGCCACUGGGAGAGCUAUGCCAUGACCGUCCAGGAAUCAUAUGCACACCCCUUCGACCAGAUCUACUACACGCGAUGCACGGACAUCCUCAACUGGUUCAAGUGCACCAGGCACCGGAUCAGCUAUAAGACGGCAUAUCGGCGUGGCCUCCGGACCAUGUACCGGCGCAGGUCCCAGUGCUGCCCUGGCUACUACGAGAAUGGGGACUUCUGCAUACCCCUGUGUACGGAGGAGUGUGUGCAUGGCCGCUGCGUUUCCCCGGACACCUGCCACUGUGAGCCUGGCUGGGGAGGGCCUGACUGUUCCAGUGGCUGUGACAGCGACCACUGGGGCCCCCACUGCAGCAACCGGUGCCAGUGCCAGAAUGGAGCCCUGUGCAACCCCAUCACGGGCGCCUGCGUGUGUGCCGCCGGCUUCCGCGGCUGGCGCUGCGAGGAGCUCUGCGCGCCCGGCACCCACGGCAAGGGCUGCCAGCUGCCGUGCCAGUGCCGCCACGGAGCCAGCUGCGAUCCCCGCACCGGCCAGUGCCUCUGCGCCCCGGGCUACACCGGAGUCUACUGUGAGGAGCUGUGCCCCCCUGGGAGCCAUGGGGCUCACUGUGAGCUGCGCUGUCCCUGCCAGAAUGGGGGCACCUGCCACCACAUCACAGGAGAAUGUGCCUGCCCCCCAGGCUGGACGGGAGCAGUGUGUGCCCAGCCCUGCCCACCGGGGACGUUCGGCCAGAACUGCAGCCAAGACUGUCCUUGCCACCACGGAGGGCAGUGUGAUCACGUGACCGGGCAGUGCCACUGCACGGCUGGCUACAUGGGGGACAGGUGCCAAGAGGAAUGCCCCUUCGGGACCUUCGGCUUCCAGUGCUCACAGCGCUGUGACUGCCACAACGGGGGUCAGUGCUCGCCCACCACCGGAGCCUGCGAGUGUGAGCCUGGCUACAAAGGCCCGCGCUGCCAGGAGCGGCUGUGCCCCGACGGAAUGCAUGGCCCAGGCUGCACCUUGCCUUGCCCCUGUCAUGCUGACAACACCAUCAGCUGCCACCCAGUCACUGGGGUGUGCACCUGCCGGCCAGGCUGGUCUGGCCACGACUGCAACGAGUCCUGCCCUGCUGGCUCCUACGGCAAUGGCUGCCGGCUGCCUUGCACCUGUCAGAACGGCGCUGACUGCCACAGCAUCACUGGGAGCUGCAUGUGUGCGCCGGGCUUCAUGGGAGAGGUCUGUGCAGUUCCAUGUGCCACAGGAACCUAUGGCCCCAACUGCUCGUCUCUCUGUGGCUGUAACAACGGUGGUACCUGCUCCCCCGUGGAUGGCUCCUGCACCUGCAAGGAAGGGUGGCAAGGCCUGGACUGCACCCUGCCGUGUCCCAGCGGGACGUGGGGCCUGAACUGUAACGAGAGCUGCGCCUGCGCCAACGGGGCAGCCUGCAGCCCCGCAGAUGGCUCCUGCUCGUGCACUGCCGGCUGGCUCGGAGACACCUGCGAACUGCCCUGCCCAGACGGCACAUUUGGGCUGAACUGCAGUGAGCGCUGUGACUGCAGCCACGCGGAUGGCUGCGAUCCUGUCACGGGCCACUGCUGCUGUCUUGCCGGAUGGACAGGCAUCCGAUGUGACAGCAUGUGUCCGCCUGGUCGCUGGGGUCCCAACUGCUCCGUCUCCUGCAGCUGCGAGAACGGCGGGUCCUGCUCCCCAGAGGAUGGGAGCUGCGAGUGUUCCCCUGGCUUCCGAGGAACCUUAUGCCAGAGAAUCUGCCCCCCUGGGCUCUAUGGCCAUGGCUGUGCCCAGCCGUGUCCCCUCUGCGUGCACAGCAGUGGGCCCUGCCACCACAUCAGCGGCAUCUGUGAGUGCCUCCCAGGAUUCUCCGGAGCCCUCUGCAACCAAGUGUGUGCUGGAGGGCACUUUGGGCAGGACUGUGCCCAGCUCUGCUCCUGUGCCAACAAUGGGACCUGCAGCCCCAUCGAUGGCUCCUGCCAGUGCUUCCCUGGAUGGAUUGGCAAGGACUGCUCACAGGCUUGCCCACCAGGGUUCUGGGGCCCCGCCUGCUUCCACACAUGUAGCUGCCACAAUGGGGGGAGCUGCAGCGCUGAGGAUGGAGCUUGCCACUGCACCCCUGGCUGGACUGGACUCUUCUGCACGCAGCGCUGCCCUGCAGCGUUUUACGGGAAGGACUGUGGGCGUGUGUGCCAGUGUCAGAACGGCGCCAGCUGUGACCACAUCAGCGGCAAGUGCACCUGCCGCACGGGCUUCACCGGGCGACACUGUGAGCAGAGAUGUGCCCCAGGAACCUUUGGCUAUGGGUGUCAGCAGCUGUGCGAGUGCAUGAACAAUGCCACCUGUGACCACGUCACUGGCACCUGUUAUUGCAGCUCUGGAUUCAAAGGAAUCCGGUGUGACCAAGCUGCCCUCAUGAUGGAGGAGCUGAAUCCCUACACCAAGAUCAGCCCAGCGCUGGGUGCAGAGCGGCACUCGGUGGGUGCUGUCACAGGCAUCGUCCUCCUGUUGUUCCUCAUUGUGGUGCUGCUGGGCCUGUUUGCUUGGCGCCGGCGGAGACAGAAAGAGAAAGGCCGUGACCUGGCUCCCCGUGUCUCCUAUACACCUGCCAUGAGGAUGACCAGCACGGACUACUCGCUCUCAGAUUUGUCUCAAAGUAGCAGCCAUGCACAGUGCUUUUCCAAUUCCAGCUACCACGCACUGGCGUGCGGAGGGCCUGCCACCAGCCAGGCCAGCACUCUGGACAGGAACGGCCCCACCAAGCUCAGUAACAAGUCCCUUGACAGAGGCACAACAAACUGGACCCCUUACAGCUUUGUGAACGUGUUAGACUCCCAUUUCCAGAUCAGUGCCCUGGAGGCCAGGUACCCGCCCGAGGACUUCUACAUUGAACUUAGACACCUCAGCCGCCCUGCUGAGCCACACUCACCAGGUGCUUGUGGAAUGGAUAGACGUCAGAACACAUACAUUAUGGACAAAGGCUUCAAAGAUUACAUGAAAGAAUCCGUGUGCAGUUCUAGCACUUGUUCCUUGAAUAGCAGUGAAAACCCUUACGCCACAAUUAAGGACCCACCCAUUCUCACCUGCAAGCUUCCAGAAAGCAGCUAUGUAGAAAUGAAGUCGCCUAUGCACAGGGGGUCUCCGUACACAGAUAUGCCAUCCUUGUUGACAUCUAAUAAAAAUAUAUAUGAAGUUGGUAGGUGUCUCAAAUAAGUAACUUAGUGAAAUCAGGGCAAUAGUGCAGCAUCUGAAAUAAAAACAAGCCCUCUCCACUCACCCUGUCU